CCCACCAACCCAGAGUUUCUCUCACAAUCCCAAGGAGCCAAAGGCCCACUCCUUCUAUCCUCACCAGGAAACGAACAUUCACCAUUGACGUCACUCUGAUGUCUUCUCUCUCUGAACCUCUCUCCAUUUUUAACGUGCCACGCCAUUGAAAAGCUUCAACUUUGUGAGCUGCAGACGUUGAAGACAGAGAAACUUUUUUUAGAGAGAGAAAGGGCGAAGAGAGAGAGAGAGAGAGACAGGCAAAUAGGGAAAAUCAUAAAUUCAUAACAACUGGAAUCAGAAGAAGAAAAAAGUAAAGCCUAUUCUAAGGAAACCCAUUAAGGAUCCUCUGCUCCUGCCCCGUUUUUCACCCGUUUGCUGAAUAUUGACCAAUUGUUCAAGAAUUGGGUUUUAGAUACAGCUAGAGAGACCAACGAUUGUUUUUGAUCCGUGGGAGUUUUCUCUUGUUUCCAUCUCUACGAUGACGGUUGUUGAAAAUGCAGUAAAUUCUGGUGAUCAACGUGUUGGUGAUAGCAAGUCUGAGUUUAAUCGAGAUAUGAGAGAGCUUGUGGAUUUGCUUUCUAAAUUGAACCCAUCUGCUGAAGAAUUCUUCCCUUCUUCUGUUACUAAUCGCCAGUACUCGAAUGAUCUCAAUGAUAAUAAUGAGGAUUUGGGCAACGAUGGUUCCAUGAACCAUAGACGGAGGAAGAAUAUUUACAGUCAAGGGAGGAGGCGAUUAAAUGGUAGAGCUCUCAGAGCGCAAAGAGAUGAUAGCAUCAGGAAGACUGUUUAUGUGUCUGAUAUUGAUCAGAAUGUUACGGAGGAGCAACUUGCUGCCUUAUUUAUCAAUUGUGGACAGGUAGUUGAUUGUCGCGUAUGCGGGGACCCAAAUUCAGUUCUUCGGUUUGCAUUUAUAGAGUUCGCAACCGAGCAAGGUGCAAAAGCAGCACUAAACCUUAAUGGCACAAUGCUGGGGUUUUAUCCUGUCAGAGUUUUACCUUCAAAGACUGCUAUAUUGCCUGUGAACCCGACAUUUCUACCAAGGUCUGAAGACGAGCGAGAAAUGUGUGCGCGGACAGUUUAUUGUACAAAUAUUGAUAAGAAGGUUUCUCAAGCAGAUGUCAAAAAUUUCUUUGAAAUGCUGUGUGGUCAGGUCUCAAGGCUGAGGCUCUUAGGGGAUCAUGUACAUUCAACACGUAUUGCAUUUGUUGAGUUUGCAAUGGCAGAGAGUGCCAUAAUGGCAUUAGGUUGCAGUGGGGUGUAUUUGGCAAGUCUCCCCAUUAGGGUAAGCCCUUCAAAGACACCGGUUAGACCUCGUGUACCUCGUGCCCUUUCGCACUGAUAUUAUCCAAAGAUUUGUUGUGGCUUCUGUUGGGUGGUUCCUGGAAACCAUUAUUUGAGGAGUACAUCUUCACAGGCAAUGGACGUUUUUGUAUGACUGAACACCCACCUUAUCUUUCGCUUUUGCCGUUCUCUCUCAUUGUUUUCCAAAAUGAUGGAUGCAACGGAAGCUUAGUGCUACACCUGUUUCUCUCUCAUUCUCUAAAUUCCCUUGAUGGAAGCAAAUCAAACUAUCUAUUAGUGGGUCUCUUCCUCUGGCUAGAUGGUAAGAAGGUUGUUGGGGCCUUUUGGGAGGUUGGACUGAUCCUUAGGAAACUAGAACAGUAUGAUUUUGGUAUUCCCUUGGUGAUAAUUGGUUGCUCAAUACAUGGGCGGCGCAGGUCAGAGACCUAUGGGAAUUGAGGAAUAUUUAUUUGUUUCACAAACCCAAAUGGGCAUUUCUAUUUUGUUUCAUUUGUGGACUCUGUGUGAUGUGGGUAUCAGGCUUUGGAUUGGUUGUCAUAUACUCUCAAUUUAAUUACAUGACAAAAAAUGGAGAACUUUCAUGCUUAUCUGCUCA